CAGAUGGCACGCGACUGCCGAAAGUUUUAAUAAAGUUUUUAUCGGCGAGGCCGAAGACCGAACAGGUAUUGACCGUUUGGGAGAGUAGAUGGAAGAGAAGCCGCCUGACCCGGGGAAGGAAAGCAACCGACGCCAUCAAUCAAUCGUAUUUAUUGAGCGCUUGCCGUGUGCAGAGCACUGUACUAAGCGCUUGGCGCAGAACCGACUGCGUGAGGGAGAAGCUCCGUCUUCACCCGAGGAUAAUAACCGCACACGGAGCCGGCCGACGUGUUGGAGCAGCUCGUGGAGCGCGCCGGCCGGGGGCUGCCGCCGAUGAGCGCGGGCCGGGACUCGGGGUCCCCGGCGGCCCGAGGGAGCCCCUUCUUCGGCCCCCCGGGCCGGGCCGAGGAGGAGGAGGAGGACCGGAGGGCGGACGGCCCCGGACGUCACACCUUCUGCGGCUUCCAGAGGUCGUUCCUGUGCCCGCGGCCCGGCCCGGCCCCCGGCGCCCCGCGGCCCGCCCGCGGCGCCCUGAACCCCCUGAAGCCGAAGCUGGAGAUGCCCCAGAGGGUCCAGGUGUCGGCGGAGGAAGCUAACCGCCUGGCGGAGGAACUGGUAGCGGAGGAGGAGCGGGCAAAGCGGCGGGCGGAGAAGAGGCGAUCCAAGAAACAGCGGCAGAAGGAGCGGAGGCGACUGGAGAGGCUCGACGGGAGCAAGGAGGAUGGAAGCGUGAGGCCCGACCAGAGCAAGGAAGCAACCUCAGGAGGAGACGGCUCGACCCAGAGCGUCAAGGAGGAAGAAGAAGAGGAGGAGGAGGAGGAGGAGGAGCUGGACCUGUCCAGCACGUUCGUGUCCCAGGCCCGGCGCAAAGUCGGGGAGCGGCCCCCCACCGCCCGGCGAGAGCGAGGCCCGGGCCCCGAGGCGGCCCCGGGGAGUCCGGACCCCGGCCCGGGGAGCGCGGACCCCGGCCCCGGGAGCGCGGACCCCGGCCCCGGGAGCCGGACCCCGCGGCCCGAGGUCAGCUGGGCCCAGGGGCGGGACCGCCCGGGGACAGUCUCGCGGCGGGACGGGGUGGAAGAGGUUUCGGGGGCCCGGGGGGUGACCCCGAGGGCGGCCGAGACCCAACAGUGGGCUCACAGUCUAAAAAUCCCGGGAGUGACCCCGGGAUUUGUCCGGCGUCAGGUGACCCCGGGGACGGACGAGGUUCCGGAGGCCCGGGGGGUGACCCCGGGACGGGCCUGGUGUCCGGCGGCCCCGGAUGGGCCGGCGGCCGCUCUGAAGCGCAGCCUGGAGCUGGCGGAGCUGGGGACCGCGGCGGCCCAGGAGGGCCUGUACCACGAGGCGGUGCUGCUCCUCACCCAGGCCAUCGCGCUGAACCCCAAGGAUCCCAGGCUGUUCGGGAACCGUUCCUUCUGCCACGAGCGUCUGGGCCAGCCGGGCUGGGCCCUGGGGGACGCCCGCAUCGCCCUCGCCCUCCGGCCCCGCUGGCCCCGCGGCCUCUUCCGCCUCGGCAAGGCCCUGAGUGGGCUGAAGCGGUACGGCGAGGCGGCCGCGGCCUUCCGCGAAGCCCUGCGCCUCGAGGGGGCCGAGCCGGACGCGGCCGGGGAACUGCGGCUCUGCCAGCUGGAGCUUGCCCUGGAGCAGUGCAGGAUCGGCCGUCCGCCCGCGCCCCCGGCCUGGACCCGCAGCCCCCGGUGCCCGCCCCCCGCGCACAGCCCCAGCCUCCUGCCCUUCCCCCCAGACCCCCCCACUGGCCCGGGACCCCGGCCCCCGACCGGGCCGGCCCGCUCGGCGGCUCCUCGGCCAAGGGGAGGGGGAUCCUGGGGCCGCAGCCCCUGCGGCUGCUGCCGUCGGCAGCCAGCCCCAACUCUUCCAACUCGCAAUUCCUGGCUUGGCGCCGUCCUUGGGACUUCCCGCCAUCAGGGACCCCCUCUCCUAGGCUGGUCUCCCCCGGAGGUGUCGGACCCCCGCUCUGGUUCCCGGACCGAACCGUGCCUGCCGCCGCCGCCGCCGGCCCCCCGGGGCCUGGAGACCCCCUCCCCUGGCCCCGCUUCCAGUCCUGACGGUGACCCGCAUCUCCCACCACCACCACCACCACCGCCUUCCUCCUCCUCCUCCUCCUCCUCCGCCGCCAAGCCAUCGUGGAGCCUGAAAUGGUGACCCCCCGUCCACCCCGUACUACCUCAGGCUGGGACCGAUUCUCCCUGGCUGGCACUUCCACCUCCGCAGGGAGGGGCUCAGGGAAACGCCGCACCUAAGAACUCAAUAAAACAGUUGAACUCAGA